AUGGAUCCUACAGCACCAGCACAACUCAACGAGGCCGACUACAUUGCCUUUGAGGACUCCGAAUCCGACGUCGAGAUUGACCUCUCCACAGCGCCACCAAAGAAGCCUGUUCCCAAGGUCCCCAAGCACUUCCGCAAGAGCAACGCCAAAGUCUACGACAACAUUUCUGUGUACGCGCCACCCGACUCGAACCUGAUCUUUCGCUGCUCCCAAAAACGUGCCAGUUGGUACCUCUCCCGCAACCUGGCCCGUUCUCUUUCCCCGAAUUCGAUCCAUCUGAAUUUCGCACCAGCAGGACAGGGGCAUGUAAACGACCCAUACUAUCUCGAGGAGCGCGAGAACAAGUGCGUGAUCUGUGGUCAGGAGACGGCUGAGGUUGGCGCGACGAUGCUGCAUGUUGUUCCUGAGCAGUACCGGAAGUGGUUUCCGAUCAAGCUGAAGAGUCACUCGAGCCAUGAUAUCGUGGUCGCUUGUCCCGAGUGUAAUGCGCAGUGGGAUCGUGAGGCAGCUGUUGUCAGGAAAACGAUUGUCGGGUUAUACAAAAUUCCGCUGGAGGGUGUUGGCUGGAUCAAGGACCACGAGGCAGGGUUGGCAAAGAGUGCUGCUGGGGCUGUCAUUUCGGAUUGGAAUCGACUUUGGCAGGAGUACAGGGACCAGCAACAAACAUCAACUACAGGUAGUGAACCAGAGCGUGUCAAACCUGCUGUGCCAAGGGAAGAACAGUCAGCAAAGGACGCUUCGACAGAGUUGGGAUCCAAGAAGAAGAAAACCAAGGUCAAGAAAGUGAAUGUGAUCCCACGUGAGAGGAUGAAGGUACUGGAGACGAGUGUUGUCGACUGGUGGAACAACUACUUCAAGGCGCGCAAAGAUGUCGGCACCAGCGAGUUUCCACAGCAGAAACGCGAACUCGACAGCGAACCCGACUUAGGAUCACCAGGACAGGAGGGGGAUGAACCCAGGAAGAAGUUGAAGCCAGAAAAUGAUGCAACUGGCACCAUGGAUGCGACGCUUGCUAAUCCUAUUGGAUCAACUGGCGAGCUGGAGACUGCCAGAAAAGAGACUGUUGUGACACUGCGGCCAAAGUUACCAUCCGAUGAGGUUGACAUUCCAUCGCCACCACCUUGGCACACUACCGAGGUGACAAGCGAGAUGUUGAAGGAGGCAUUGGAUGCGCAGGCGACGUACAAGGCGCCAGACUAUAAGGAACAUGGUCAGCUGGUGAUGGCGCUGGUGAUGGCUUCUUCGGAAGAGUACCAUGAAGAUGCGAAUGAGAGCGAGGACACGCUGCAGUCGUGGCGAGAAGCGAGGCCAUUGAAGGAUGCGCCUGAGGGGUGGCGGGAUGUGCACCAGUUCAUUCGGUCGUGGCGGAGCGAGUUCUUGAAGCGGGCAAAGCCGAAGCACCUUAGUCCAGAGUGGCGGAUUGAGAAUCCCACCAAAUAA